CUGUAUCUCAUUUGUAGCUGUAGUAUAUCACUGCCAAUCCAAACUAUUUUCAGCAUUGUGAACACGUUACGCGCAGCACUGAGUGCAGCGGGCUGGGCACUUUGGCGGGCGCUGAUCGGUCCGACGGCCGAGGAGGAAGAAGCAGCCCGCCUUGAAGCAAUUCGACGACAAGAAAGAGAAUUUCAUGAAUUUAUACGACAACAAAUUAUAUGUUUAAUAAUCUUCAUUUCACUAUAUCUGCUAUCCUAUUGGAUCAUUUCAUUGUUCAAAUCGAAAUCUGACAACGACUCAUUAUAUGCCGGUGAUGAAGACUACUUUGUAUAUAGAAUUAGUGUAUGGAUGUGUUCUGCCUCAUUAGCAGUGUCAAUCGGGUCUAUAGCACUGUUACCAUUUUCAGUUGUUAGCGCAGAAUUGCUUCAACGAUAUCCGGACAACUACUACUUGCAGUGGAUGUCGUGGUCGUUAAUAAAUAGCUUAUGGAACUACGUGUUUGCACUUUCGAAUCUCAGUCUCUUCGUAUUGUUACCAUUUAGUUAUUUCUUCAUUGAAUCGCAGGGUUUCAGUAAGAACAAUAAUGUAAGUGAU